ACCUGCAACAACAAGUUGGACAACACUUUCACCUUCCUGCGUGGCAACACGACACAACGCAACGACAACAACAACAACAACAACAACAACAUCACAGCCGCUGGACGUCUUUUCAUUCAUUUUGUGCUCUAAUGGACGCGUUUGCCUUCUGUUGUUGGCUAUGAGGAGGACGCUGCCACCGGAGGUUUGCCCACUUUUGGUUGUCGACUGAAAGUCUUCAACGGUCGCAUUUUGGUGUGGUGGUGUUGUUGUUGUUUUCGUUUUCCCCCUCCAUAUUUGCCGAAAGGGAUUUAAACAUGUCGAGGAGCGCGGAGGAGGUGAACAAGCUGACUGAAAGUACAUACAAGAAUGUGAUGGAGCAGUUCAACCCAGGUCUGAGGAACCUGGUCAACCUGGGGAAGAACUACGAGAAAUCCGUGGCAGCAAUGACCUUGGCAGGAAGGUUGUACUUCGAUGCCAUGGCGAAAAUUGGCGAGAGUGCCGUGGUGUCUCCCGUGUCCAGAGAAUUAGGGACGGUGCUGAUUGGAAUCUCGGAAGUCCACCGGAAAGUUUUUUGGGAGUGGGAGGACAAUUUUAAGAGCUUCCACGGGGAGAUCCUAACAGAGCUGGAGAGAAAGACGGACAUGGACGUGAAGUACAUGACGGCCACGUUUAAAAGGUACCAGGCGGAGCACAAGGUGAAGCAGGACUCUGUGGAGAAAUCGCAGGCGGACCUGAAGAGGCUGAGGAGGAAGAGCCAGGGCAAGAACGCCGGCAAGUACGAGAACAAAGAGAGCGAGUGCGUGGAGACGCUGACCGGCCGGCAAACGGACAUGCGGCUGUUCAUCGCCGACGGCUGCAGAGAGGCGCUGCUGGAGGAGAAGAGACGCUUCUGCUUCCUGGUGGACAAACACUGCCUGUUUUCCUACCAGAUGGCCUCGCUUCACGACAAGGCAAGAGACAUCCUGAUGGCGAAGCUGAGCGGCUGGCAGGACCGCUGCAACGACGCCGCCGACAUGCCCGAGAGCGUCGUGACCAUGAUAGAGGGACUGCGCACGCCCGUCUCCAUAACGCCGCUGCCCUCGCCCAGCCCCUCGCGGCACAGUUUGAACGUCUCGGCUCCGCCCGCUCCGUCUCAGAAGGCUCACGUCAGCCCGCUAGCGAACAUGUUCGCUCCGGACGACGAGAGCGCCGGCCGAGCCGCAGCGAGCCGCAACGACGCAGGUAGUACUCGCGGCGAGCCGUCUUUCCUACCGCCUCACGGUGACGUGCUUCCGAUUCUUCCCUCCCGCCAGAGCACGAGAGCAACGGGGCGAACAACCCGGCCAGGUCCGUGUCGGUGGCCGCGGGCCUCAACAACGUGGCGAAACGGCCGCGGGUUCGCACCGUCUUCCCUCACACGGGCGGCGACAACAACACCCUGCUCAGCUUCGACGAGGGCGACGUCAUCGUCCUGCUCGUCCCGGAAGAGAAGGACGGCUGGAUGUACGGCGAAAUGGAGAAGAACGGAAAACGAACCAGACCAACGGCAUCUCCAGACCGACGCCCGCCUACCUGGCGGGCGGCAACCCGUUUUCCACCGUGCGACUCCGUCCGACCGUCACCGACGACCGCUCGGCCCCGGUCGUCUGAUCUUCUGGCCGCACGCGCGGAAGUAUCUCCGAGUACUUCGGGAGCUUUCGCGGGACCGGAAAUCUUCGACGUGCGUUUGGGAACGGCCACGUCGCCACGGCGACGACGUGCACGCGAGGACCUGUGAAAAAACUCUGCGAAUGUUGUUGCUCAUUUUUCACAUGACACUUGCGAGGAUGUUUUUUGGGCUUUGUUUUAUUUUUGCUGUUGCCACGGAGACGAGGAGACGCUCACGGCACCUUCAGGCUGGGCCCGACUCGUAUGCGUGUCGCACUAGUAGCCUUCGUAUCAAGGAUAUGGAAAAAAAUGCAGUGUUCCGUAUCCUUGAAUUCCAGCUUAAAGCCUGCAUACUAGUAAAACAGUUCAUCGUACUAGUAGAACAACUGGGACUUAAUUGUAACAUUUUUUUCCACUACUAGUACCACUUGUGGCCACAAGUAUGCAAUUAAACAUUAAGAGUAAACUACUGUGCUGCACUAGUAUCACUACUAGGCCCAAUGUGUUUUUUGUUUUGUUUUCAUGUUCAAAAUAAACUUUCAAACCAAACUAGUAGGCAUGUAUCACA